CAGGAGGUUCGGGCACCUAGGCCGUCACCUACUCGCCACCGAUCGCUAAACUUAGACCAACCACUGGCAGCUCCGUCGGUCCUCUCUCUCUCUCUCUCCUUCUCGCCGUCCCUCUUUCUCCGAUUCCCUCCACCCGUGGCCGUCGUUUCGCUCUCGGCUCACCUCGCCUCGCAGUAGGCCAACGAGUGGUCGCCGGUCAGGUUCGGCCGUCCCCUGAUCGUUCCGAGGACCACGCGUCCCAUCCCGAGCCCUCCCGUACGUAUGCGAAGAGGUGACGCCGCGACGCGGACGCGGCAUCGGGUCUCCACCCUUUUCAUUUUCCGAAAGGAAAGGAAGGUUCCGACAAGUCGAGACGUCAACGUCGGCCAGCCUAGGCUUGGUCCUGGCGAGCUAAUUCGCUGUUUGACCUAGGAGAGGAGAGUACAGGAGAGGACAGACGACACGGGAGGACAGCGGCAGAAGCCAUGGCUUACACCUGGAAUAAUCGCGUUGAUUUCAUAGUGAGGUUCUUAUACGACAUAGACAAUAAUGGGUCGCUGGACCAGCACGAUUUUGAGUGCAUGGCCCUUAAGAUGACCGUCAUCGAGGGGAAAGGAGACUUUAACGGUGCCAAGCACCAAGAGAACCUCCACGUCAUGAGAUCCCUCUGGGAAGAGAUAUCGUCCAUGGCCGAUCUUAAUAAGGACACCGUUGUCACCACCGACGAGUUCAAGGAGGCCGUGCAAAAGAGUUGCGUCGGCCGUCCUUUCGGUGAAUUCCCCCAGUCGUUGAAGCUGUUCAUCGACAACCACUUCAAGCUCAUGGACAUGAACAACGACGGCGUCCUCGGGGUGGAGGAGUACCGGUACGAUUGCGUUACCAGAAUUCCAGUGGACGACAUUAGUAUCCUCGACCAGGCGUACCAGUCUCUCUUAAAUGACGACGAUCGGAAACGCGGUGGAUUGACGCUGAGUCGUUAUCAAGAGCUCUACGCCCAAUUUCUAGGUGAUCCCAGCGAUAAGUGCCCAGCGGCGAAUCUCUUCGGGCCGCUGCACAGAUUAUGAUAAUCGCCUAGCAAAAGGGAAGAUUAGGAUCGAAAUUGAACUUUAUCAAGGAGGAAUUCCUACGUGUAAAUUUCGGUUUGAAUUUUUAUCCCAUCCUUAGUCGCUGCCCCUUAAGACGAGACACUUAGCUUAAUCGGUAUCAAGUAGUCCUCUUUUGUGACCGAACGAUAGGUUCUCCACGGUUGGUAUAAAAUCGACGUUGAAUGAUCUCUUUUUAAGCCUGGAAACAAGACUUGCGGUUAAAGUCCUUCGGUGUCUCGGUCGCAACAGGCAGAUUCGUAGAUAUGUCCUCUUUAUUUUGACAAUGUCGUGAACAGUCGUUGCGGCGGUUACAGCUGGCGUCCUCUUACAAAUGGUACUACUAUCACGACUGGAAAAGGCAGAAUAAUUAUCAUAGACUAUUAUCCGUGAGAAGGUAUUGUAAUUAUCAACGUAAAUGUAUAUAUGUAUAUACAUGUCGAAUAAAAGUUAAAAAAAUUCGGAGACCACGGCUGGCGUCCGAGACGCGCGAACCCCUUAAGGACUAUCGUUGGGGAGUUGGUCGUCCUUGGAGGUAAUUCAA